GCCUUUUCCAAGCAAAGCACUCAGUCCGUCUUGAAUCGCGGAAUCGUGAGUAUCGCUGCUAUAGCUGUUCUCAAACCAUACGGUUUGGAGGACGAAUUGAAUAGUCGACAACACAGUUGUCGGUCAUUGUUCGGGAAUUCGAUCACACGCGAUACGUCGAUGAUUCAAAUACGAUCAAUGCGACGCGUGCGAUAAGUAUGGUGCUCAAGUAAUUUAUGAUAAACUAUAGGUUUGAACAUUAAAAAGAGGUGAGAAGUUAUUUAUUGGCAAAUGCUGUAAUUUUUCAGAAGAUAAAAUACAUAUAAAAUUAAAGUAAGAAGAGAAUCUUCAAUAUACUACAAUCGUACAUCACAGAAAAGCAACGAAAUUUGAUAUUGAAAAACUUACGGUGCUAAUUAUUUACAAUGAAGCUAGAAGGAAACAGUUCCCACGAGGAUGAUAGCAAUGGAAUUUUAUUACAAUCUAGAAAAAAUUCGGCCGUUCGUCUGCAAAUUGUUCCUGCUAAGCCAAAAACUAUCACGCAUUUGCCGAAGAGACCACCAGUUGAUCUAGCAUUUUCUGAUUUGACUUAUAAAGUACGAGAGGGCCGAAAAAGUAAUGUUAAAACAAUCCUUAAAUCUGUAAGUGGGCGAUUGAGAUCUGGCGAGUUGACCGCUAUUAUGGGACCGUCAGGUGCUGGAAAAUCAACUUUGCUCAACAUCCUCACAGGAUAUAAAACUACUGGAAUGGAAGGAAGCAUCACAAUGAAUGGACACGAAAGGAAUUUAAGUGCCUUUAGAAAACUCUCUUGCUAUAUCAUGCAAGAUAAUCAACUCCACGGUAAUUUGACUGUUCAAGAAGCGAUGAAAGUCGCUGCAAAUCUCAAACUUGGAAGACAUGUAAAUAAAGCUGAGAAAGAAGAAGUGAUUCAAGAAAUUCUUGAGACACUUGGCCUUGCGGAACAUCGAAAAACCAUGACCUCAAAUCUCAGCGGUGGUCAAAAAAAACGAUUAUCCAUUGCUCUUGAGCUUGUCAAUAAUCCACCUAUCAUGUUCUUCGAUGAGCCUACAAGUGGCUUGGACUCGUCGUCUUGCUUCCAGUGUAUUUCAUUACUAAAAACACUUGCACGUGGUGGUCGUACAAUUAUCUGCACAAUUCAUCAACCUAGUGCUCGACUUUUCGAGAUGUUCGAUGCUCUCUAUACUCUAGCCGAAGGUCAAUGCGUAUACCAGGGAUCAACAUCACAGCUUGUCCCCUUCCUUUGUUCACUAGGACUUAACUGCCCUAGCUAUCACAAUCCUGCCUCUUUUAUAAUUGAAAUAUCUUGUGGUGAAUACGGAGACAACAUAAAGAAUUUGGUAAACGCAAUCAGCAAUGGAAAGCAUGAUGUGCGUGAGGGUUACCCUUUCCCGGAAAAAGAGACGCUAAAUAAUUCGAAUUUAAAGGACGGAGAAAUACCGUCCGAUAGUAAUAAUGCUAAGGAUAGAAAUGACGCAAACAGCAUCGAGAACAAAUUCUCCGACAAUAAGAUUCAUGAAAAGAGCAAUGGUGGCAUCAUACCAAGUUAUGCUAAAAAUGACAUUAUCAAACAAAAUGAAGUCGCAAUCCUGAUGGACAAUGACAAGAAAGACAAUGUAACUACUUCUCUACUCGACGAAACCUUAGAAGCAACACCAGAAAGAUAUCCUACAUCAGAAUUCACUCAAUUUUGGAUUGUUUUAAAAAGAACACUACUUUUUAGUAGAAGGGAUUGGACUCUGAUGUAUCUUCGAUUAUUUGCUCAUAUUCUUGUAGGUUUUUUGAUAGGUGCAUUGUACUAUGACAUCGGAGAUGAUGCUACUAAAGUUUUAAGCAAUCUUGGAUUUUUGUUCUUCAAUAUGCUGUUCCUUAUGUACACUUCUAUGACAAUUACAAUUCUAUCCUUUCCGUUGGAAAUGCCAGUUUUAUUAAAGGAAAGCUUUAACAGAUGGUAUUCAUUGAAAUCAUAUUAUUUAGCUAUAACGGUUUCUGACAUUCCAUUUCAGGCAAUUUUCUGUAUUUUAUACGUAACGAUUGUGUAUUUUUUGACGAGUCAACCGCCAGAAAUCUUUCGAUUCAGUAUGUUUUUGGGAACGUGCCUUCUAAUAUCUUUUGUAGCACAGUCUGUUGGCUUGGUAGUUGGUGCAGCUAUGAAUGUACAAAAUGGAGUGUUUUUAGCCCCCGUCAUGUCUGUUCCAUUUUUGUUGUUUUCGGGAUUCUUCGUCAGCUUCGAUGCCAUACCUGUUUAUUUAAGAUGGAUCACUUAUCUUAGUUAUAUUCGUUAUGGAUUUGAGGGUACUGCCUUGGCCACUUAUUCCUUCGCACGUAAUAAACUAAAAUGUUUACAGGAAUAUUGUCAUUUUAAAAAACCGACUGAAACUCUAGAGGAACUCGACAUGGAAAAUGCUGAUUUUACACUUGACAUUCUAGCUCUUUUAUUAAUCUUUCUUGUACUUCGGAUCGCAGCUUAUAUGUUCCUUCGUUGGAAAUUGAAAUCAUCACGAUAAGUUAUAGAUUAAUUAGACUUUUUUGGGCAAACACUGAAAAUAUAAAAAUAGUAGCAUUGUCGUGCUACUCAUAUAAAAACAAAUACCAAUAAUUAAUAACCUUUAAAUAACAAAAAAUCUUUUACUGCUCCGAGAAUUAGUAAAUGCUCUCUUUUUUCUUACCUUAAAAUAUAGAUAUACGCAGAUACAUGUACAUGAUGAGAGUGCAAAUGAAAACUACUUGUAAAAACAACAGAAUAUGUUGAUAUUUGACUGUAUUGAGUAGUAAUUUAGAAUACAACUUUACUCUUUUAAUGUAAAGUUCUAAUUUACUUCCAAUAGAAACGAUUUCUUUUAUAAAAAAAAAUUCAAGCUAAUUCAACUAUUAUAAUUUAUUGAUAUAUUUUUCAUAAGAUAUAUAUUGUAACGUGUGAUCAUUAUUCAGGGUACUUUUGUUUCUUUUUGUUUUUAAAUACUGCUUGGAAUAUUUUAUACGAUUGAUAAUCAUGCUUUUUGAGCAAAGUUAUUAAAAGAUAUGUAAUAUCCGAAUAUAAUACGAAUAAACAAUAUAGAAGACG